AUGAAUGAUUCAUUGAAUUUAUAUGCAACUCAAAGUCACAAUGACAUACAACUAGCUGAUCGUCUUCUUUCUAUAUAUUCUUUAAUUCUUAUUUUAAUUGGCACACCUUGCAAUCUACUUUGUUGUUUAAUUUAUUUUCAAAAACAAAAUCGUUCGAAUUCAAUAAAACACAUAUUUGGAUAUUUAUCUAUUCUUGAUACGAUUGUUUUAUAUACGUUUAAUUUAAAUUAUGUCAUUCGAGAAUUCAAUAUUGAUUAUGAAUUAGUUUAUUACAGUAAAAAUAGUAGUACAAAUGAAUAUUUAGACUUUUUUAUUAAUGAUAAUAUAAAUAUUUUUAUUGUUAAAAGAAAUCUUGAAGAAUAUUCUCUGUCUACAUGUCGUUUUCUAUCUUAUCUAGCUUUUUCUACGUUACAAACAGCAUCUUGGGUAUUAGCAUUCGGUUCAUUGAAUCGCUAUUCAUUAAUAUCAAAAUUAACAUUUUUUCAAUUUAUUUGUAAACGAUCUUAUACAACUGUUAUAUGUUCUUGUAUAACAUCUUUAUUUUUUCUUGCAAAUAUUCAUAUACUUUGGAUGAAUGGUUACCGAUCAUCAACAGGAAAUAUUGUAUGUUAUCAAAAUAAAUAUUAUACUAAUUAUAUGUUAUGGUAUCAACGUAUACAUCUAUGUUUAUAUUCGGCUUUACCAAGUGUUAUUUUAUUUAUUUUCAAUACUUUAUUAAUACGUAUUGUAUUUGCUAGUCACAAAAGGAUACAUGAGCAUAGACGUCGAUCUUCAUUUGCUACAACUCCAAUGAUACGAAAUGGUCAUCGAAAAAGUUUUCGUUUGAAACGGAUAUCUCUAUCAUCACCUAGAAAAUUAGAUAAAUUCAAUGCAUCAGUAGUAAUGAAACGACAUAGUAGAAAAUUAACUUUAUCAUUAAUAUUUAUAACAUUAUCUUAUUUUAUAUUAACAUUUCCAUCAACAGUUAUUUUUUCUUUUUUUCGUUCAUAUAUUGAACCAAUAAGUUUAAGACGUACAUUAUCACUUCUAUUUACAAAUUUAUCAACAACAACACAUGCUAUUCGAUUUUUUAUUUAUUAUUUUUGUUCAGUUGAUUUUCGAAAUGAUUUUUAUAAUUUAUUUACAUUUAAACGAACGUUUCGUUUUCAACUUAUUAAAACAACAUAA